GCUGAACCUACCCCCUCCGCGAAGAAUUCGCCAUUAAUUGUAUGGUCCCCGAUGGGGACGAGCCGUGUCAACCCCAGGGGGACGGGCGAGGUGAGACGAAUGCCUUCCUUGAUCGCAGCCUCUAGGAGAGCCAGUCUGAGCAGUGCUUGGACGCUCAUUUGGUUGGCCGCGGGAAAUGCGCCCCGCACCUCGCUUGUCACGCGGUCUAGCACAGUUGGAUGCUGGAGGAGGUGGAAAAGGAUGCCAGUAAUGGCGGUCUGCAGGGUGUGGCUUCCCGCGACAAUGAGGGUAGCGGCGUUGACGACCAUCUCGGCUUCGGAGAUCUCCUGCCGGGAUUGCGGUUGCACGAGGCGCGCUAAGAAGUCCGGCUGAUUGACCCCUG